AUGGCGAUCUCCCCUCGCUUGCGGUUCUUGGCCAUCGCCGUGGUCUUCCACUUGGUGUACCUAUUCUCCAUCUUCGACAUAUACUUUGUCAGCCCCAUCGUGUCCGGGAUGCAGCUCUUCGGAGUAGAGCGGCCGGCAGAGAGCAAGGCCCCGGCAGACCGCCUUGUGCUGUUCGUAGGUGACGGUUUGCGCGCCGACAAAGCCUUCCAGUCACACCCCGAGCCCUACCCAGAGUCGGACGAGGACCUGGUCCCCCGACCCCUGGCGCCCUUCCUCCGAUCGCGAGUGCUGGAGCACGGGACCUUCGGGGUGUCGCACACGCGGGUGCCGACCGAGUCGCGGCCGGGCCACGUGGCGCUGAUCGCGGGCCUCUACGAGGACGUGUCGGCGGUGACGACGGGCUGGAAACUGAACCCGGUCAACUUCGACAGCGUCUUCAACCGCAGCCGCCACACGUGGAGCUGGGGCAGCCCGGACAUCCUGGACAUGUUCGAGCAUGGCUCUGUGCCCGGCCGUGUCGACGCCUACACCUACGACGCAGACUUUGAGGACUUCUCCCAGGACGCCACGGCGCUAGACUUCUGGGUCUUCGAGAGGGUCAAGGGCCUGUUCGAGGAGGCGCGGGGGGACGAGGCACUCGACGCGGCCCUGAGGCAGGACAAGCUCGUCUUCUUCCUGCACCUCCUCGGGCUGGACACUACGGGGCACGCGUAUCGGCCAUACUCGAAAGAAUACCUGUACAACCUGAAGAUCGUGGAUCAGGGCGUGAGGGAGAUCACCGAGAUGAUUGACGAGUUCUACGGGGACGGCAGGACGGCAUACGUCUUCACCGCGGACCACGGGAUGAGCGAUUGGGGCAGCCACGGCGACGGCCAUCCGGACAACACGAGGACGCCCCUGAUCGCGUGGGGAUCGGGGGUCGCGAAGCCGGAGACCUCGCCGGAAGGGAAGGUCGCUCCCGGCCACGACGAAACCUCGUCCGAUUGGAACCUGGACAGCGUUAGGAGACACGACGUCGACCAGGCCGAUGUCGCCGCCCUCAUGGCGUACCUGGCCGGUCUCGAGUUUCCGGCGAACUCGGUCGGUGAGCUACCGCUCUCGUUCCUCGCCGCCGACAUCAAGGAGAAGGCCGAGGGCGCCGUGGUAAACGCCCAGGGGAUCCUGGAGCAGUACCGGGUGAAGGAGGAGAAGAAGCAGGCCUCGCUCCUGAGGUAUCAACCCUACCGUCCGCUGAGCGACAAUGGACUCACCGCCGAGCGGCGCGUCGCCGAUAUCAAGAAGCUCAUUGAAGGCGGCCACUACGAGGAGGCCAUCGAGGAAUCAGCCGCUCUCAUCAAGGUCGGGCUGGAAGGCCUCAGAUACCUCCAGACGUACGAUUGGCUCUUCCUGAGGGCCCUCGUCACCGUUGGGUAUCUGGGAUGGAUUGCUUAUGCGCUUACAACGGUCCUCGACCUCCAUGUCCUCAAUGGCCGGAGGGAGCCGUUGCGGACCACGGCGGGGACGGCCGUGUUUUCCUCGGUCCUGGUUGCUCUUUACGCCUCUUUCAUCAUGUCCAAGUCGCCGGCUAGUUAUUACGCAUAUGCCUUCUUCCCGGUGUUCUUCUGGGAGGAGGUGUAUGCCCGCAGGGGCAGUCUGCUGGAGGGCCGAAAAGAACUAUUCGGCCACGUACAGACCGGCGGGAGUCUUGCGUCACUGAUCUUCAACUCGGCGGUCUACGUGGGUGUAAUUGUGUCCUUGGCUCUGGGGUACAUCCAUCGGGAGGUGCUCACUGUUAUGUUCGUCAUCGGCGCAUUCUGGCCCGCAGCUUAUGGCAUUUCCUUCCUCGAAGGGCGUGUCGCUCUCGUUGCGACUUGGUUUAUUUCUUGCCUGGCAAUGAGCACCUUCACUCUCCUCCCGGCGAUGAAGACUGAGAGCGUGAGCCUCAUACUGCUGGGCGGCGCCUUAAUGGUCGCUGUCGGCGUCAUGUAUCUCCUGUUCGAGGACUUCGUCCUCUCUGACUUCGGAUCAGCGCCGAAGCCAUCCUCCUCGCCCAGAAACCAUACCACAAGAGGGCUUGUUGGGGUACAGAUCGGGCUGACGGUCCUCGCCAUGAUCGUCACACGCUCAAGUGCCCUGUCUCUACAGGCCAAGGCGGGCUUGCCGCCAGGUAACCAGAUAUUGGGAUGGCUUGUGCUCGUGGUCUCUCUCCUCAUGCCUCUGGCGUAUCGCGUACAACAAAACAACCACUACCUGCAUAGGUUAUUGGUCAUCUUCCUCACUUGCGCGCCCACGUUCGUGAUCCUCACCAUCUCCUACGAAGGGCUUUUCUACCUGACCUUCUCAACCACACUGGUCUGCUGGGUCAGGCUCGAGCACGAGAUCUUCGUGCUCUCAUCUAGCAAGAGCGCCGCCACAAAGCCGGCGGCCAACGGAUCCGCCGCCAAGACGACGGCUACCGAGACAGAGACAGAGACAGAGUCAGAGACGGAUGCAGACGUAAAAACAUCCCCGCCACCAGCAUUCCGACCACUCACACUACCCGACGCGCGGGUCGCGCUCUUCUUCUUCGUGCUGCUCCAGGCGGCAUUCUUCAGCACGGGCAACGUAGCGUCAGUAUCGUCGUUCAGCCUGGAGAGCGUGUACCGGCUGAUACCCGUGUUCGACCCCUUCUCGCAGGCGGCGAUGCUGGUGCUCAAGCUGAUGAUCCCCUUCGCCGUCGUGUCGGCCAACCUCGGGGUGCUCAACCGGCGGCUCGGCGUCGCGCCGUCGGCCCUCUUCAUGCUCGUCAUGGCCGUCGGCGACGUCCUCACCCUCUACUUCUUCUGGGUCGUCCGCGACGAGGGGUCGUGGCUCGAGAUCGGCUCAACCAUCAGCCACUUUGUCAUUGCGAGCCUGCUCUGCGUCUUCGUCGCCGCCCUCGAGGGCGUCAGCGGGCUGUUCGUCGCGGGCGUCGAGGUCGCGGCGGUCGGGGGGGAGGAGAAGGAAAAUGGAAGGCCGACGAACGGCGUGGCGGCUGGUAGAACAGCUGGCGAUUAG